GUGUCGUCUACCUCUUCCACCAAGGAAGAUUGCUGGCAGGGCCACGUCUAUCCAUUAAAAGGCCACGUUGAGCGUUGUUAGGACUUGGCAGAUCAGUAUCCUCUCCCAGCCCGUGUCACGGGGCUGGAAACUAUUGAUAACGCGGACUCAACUAGUUUCCUUUUCAGGUUUCGCCAUCGUACGGACGGUGGCCCUGGCGGGUCAACCUAGUAACGCCGUUGAGGGGAGUUUCUGGCUUGCGGGGUCGGGGACGGCAGUGCAGGCAACAUGGAGACGUUGUACCGGGUGCCGUUCGCGGUGCUGGAGUGCCCCAACAUCAAGCUGAAGAGGCCGAGCUGGGUACAUAUGCCCUCGGCCAUGACGGUCUACGCGCUGGUGGUGGUCUCUUAUUUCCUCAUCACGGGAGGAAUCAUUUAUGACGUGAUUGUAGAACCUCCCAGUGUUGGCUCAAUGACAGAUGAGCAUGGACAUCAGAGGCCUGUGGCUUUCUUGGCUUACAGAGUAAAUGGACAGUACAUUAUGGAAGGGCUCGCUUCCAGCUUUCUCUUCACAAUGGGAGGCCUUGGCUUUAUAAUACUGGACCGUUCUAAUGCACCAAAUAUCCCAAAGCUGAAUAGAUUUCUGCUUCUUUUUAUUGGAUUUGUCAGCGUCCUGUUGAGUUUCUUUAUGGCCAGAGUAUUCAUGAGGAUGAAAUUACCGGGCUACUUAAUGGGUUAGUGCCUUAUUGUGACUGCCACAAGCACAGAUGAGAUUUGCUUCUCUUCAUGAAGAGGAAUGGAUAGCAAAAAUUCCACAGCCCAACCCCUCCUACCUGAAGAGACGAAACAAAGAAAAUGGACUAAGGAAAGGGCUGCUUUCUCAUUUUUCCCCUCUAUAAAUAGCAAGACUUGUUACAGGUGGUUAGUUUGUUAACAAAUUUGUGUCUAUUUUCCUUCACUGCAAAAAAUAAAUAAAUCAGAAGUGUUAACUAGGCAUAAAUGUAUUAAAUCUAAAGUAAAACCUCUGUCCUCCAGUCCAAUUCCUCCUCAGUUAUUCAGGCUAAAAGUAAUAAUUUUAUACUUCCUUCCUUAUAACUCCAUGGCUUAUUCAGUCUCCUUCCGAGAGAAUUCUUUGUAUAAAUUUGGAGGGGUGAGGGGGUAGAAGAAGAGAAAACAAUCUUUUUAUGAUUGAUAAUGGAAAGAUGCUUCCCUGAUGCAUUGCCACUAUACACCAUGGCCCUGAUCCAGCAGGCUGUGAGGGCAGUGGUAAGCUUUGUGCCCACCUCUGGGUAGGGCAGUCACAUAUUAAGAAGCUGGGGGAUGAAGGUGAUUUACAGGGUUGUGGAGGGUACCAGGAGUUGAGCUCCUGCUUCUCCACCCCAACCUGUGCCUAACAGGUGAUUGGUGCUGGAGAAGAACUUCUCAUGCGGUGUGCAUGAGGGACAGGAGCACCUCAUGUAACCUUGGAUGCUGAAUAAGUAUGUGUUUUUUUACUUUCCAUGUCAGCCUCUUGCAGUAGAGCUCACCUAUUUUUGAAUAUGGAUUGACAUCUCAAUUGGGGGGCAUCUGUUCUGUCAUGAGCAACGUUAACUUUGACAUUCAUGGUAGUAGAGCAAGUGAAUACAUGUGUGAAGGAAAGCCCAUCAUUGUGUGAAAGUAGUUCUUUCUCUUCAAAAACAAUAUAUUAAACACCUUUUCUACUAAA